AUGGCGGUUUCUUCCGCCACCGCUGCUGGGCCCGCCGCUGGCCAGAUAACCUUCCGCGCAAGCCCAGCCCAGCCCGCCCAGGCGACGUCUGCACCGCGAGGUGGCAAGAUGGCUGCUCAGCCCUCAAGCACCGCCAACAAUACGUCGCACGGCUCCUCCAACACCCCGGCCAACGGCUCCAGCAGCUUCCCGCUCAGCGCGCGCAAGGCCCAGCCCUUGAGCAUGAAAACCGUCGAGCGACGCGGCACCUCGACCGCCGCGCGUGAAGUCUCGCGUUCGAACAGGCUCUUUGGGAUCGAGGAAGCGCCCACGUAUACCCCCACUGCAGAAGAAUUCAGAGACCCUUUCGAGUAUAUGCGCAAGAUCGCGCCCGAGGGGCGGAAGUAUGGCAUAGUCAAGGUCAUCCCGCCCGAGAGCUGGAAUCCCGACUUCGCCAUCGAUACCGAGAGGUUUCAUUUCCGCACGCGUAAGCAGGCGCUCAACUCCGUUGAAGGAGGCACGCGAGCAAAUUUGAACUACCUCGAUCAGCUUGCCAAGUUCCACAGGUCACGGGGCAACAAUCUCAACCGCUUUCCAAGCGUCGACAAGCGGCCGUUGGACUUGUACAAGUUGAAAAAGGCCGUCGAAACCCGUGGCGGAUUCGACCGUGUCUGCAGAGGCAAGAAAUGGGCCGAAAUCGGCAGAGACCUGGGUUACAGCGGCAAGAUCAUGUCUUCGCUGUCGACAUCACUGAAGAACUCGUAUCAGAAGUGGCUCCACCCCUACGAGGAGUACCUACGGAUCGCCAAGCCCGGUGUCCAUCAAAUGCUUGAGUUUGAGAAUGGCGGCCCUUUCACUCCGUCACCAGCGCCGUCGCCACUCAAGAAGUCUGCGCACCAGCAGACUCCUCCAGGCAGUUUCCGUUCCGAUUCACCAGCAGCUCGUGCGUCUGCUGCCCUGAAUGCUUCUAUUCACGAGAGUUCAGUCCCACCGCUUCCACCCGCCCAAGAGCUCCCCCAGCCAGUCAAGGUCUCAUCAGGUUUUACUGCUGUAAAUUCAGGUGGCUUCACGCCUGUCAAUGCGUCCCAUCAACCCGCUCCUACGUCUACUGGAUUCUCAGCCAUCAACAGUUCGUCAGCUACCCAGCAUUCCGCCCACUCGACCCCCCAACGGUUGGGCGAGAGUCCGCUGAAUCUAUCUGCAAACAAUACGCCGGAGAUUCGACCACAUGGCUUUUCAACGCCCCUUUCAAAUGGCCAUCUCAGCCAGUUGAAGAGAGGCCCAUCCGAGGAUUCUGAGUUACAUGCCAAUGGGGAAACCGACGCUUCUGGAAGGCGGAGCAAACGCCUCAAGAAGGACUCGGCCCCGACUGUGGCAGGAUCCCACAUGACUCAACCACGUGUGUCGGCACCCCGCAUAGGCGCCCCCAAGGACCGCUCGAAGGAGAAGCCUGGAGACUACUGCGAAACUUGUCGGAAGGCUUCCGACCCAACCGCGAUCCUAUUGUGCGAUAGCUGCGACGCGGGAUAUCACCGCUACUGCUUGGAACCGCCGCUGAAGUCCACCCCUGACUAUGACUGGCACUGUCCUAGAUGCCUCGUCGGUGAUGGCGAGUUCGGUUUCGACGAGGGUGGUGUUUACUCGUUAAAACAGUUUCAACAGAAGGAUCAAGAGUUCAGAGCAGAGCAUUUCCGAGACAAGCAGCAGUUCGACCCGGUGCUCAAUGCAAAGAGGCCUCCUACAGAAGAUGAUGUUGAGAGGGAGUUCUGGAAAUUGGUUGAGAACGUUACCGAUAAAGUGCCAGAGGUUGAGUAUGGUGCCGACGUCCACGUCACAACACACGGGAGUGGUUUUCCAACUCUGGAGAAGGAGCCGCGUAAUCCUUACUCGACGGACGCGUGGAACCUGAACAUCUUGCCGCUGCACCCAGAGUCCCUCUUCCGCCAUAUCAAAUCCGACAUUUCUGGCAUGACGGUUCCUUGGCUAUACGUUGGCAUGUGUUUUUCUACUUUCUGCUGGCACAACGAGGAUCACUACAGCUAUUCGGCCAAUUAUCAGCACUUUGGCGCUACAAAGACAUGGUACGGCGUACCAGGCGAGGAUGCUGAGAAGUUUGAGAAUGCGAUGCGUGAAGCCGUUCCGGAGCUGUUCGAGACCCAGCCUGACUUGCUCUUCCAGCUCGUCACCCUUUUAACUCCUGAUCACUUGAAAAAGGCAGGUGUAAGGGUCUACGCCAUCGAUCAGCGCGCUGGACAGUUCGUUAUUACUUUCCCCCAAGCCUACCACGCCGGAUUCAACCACGGAUUCAAUUUCAACGAGGCCGUCAAUUUCGCACCUGCCGAUUGGGAGCCCAAGGGGGAAGACGGCGUUCAGCGCCUACAGGACUUUAGGCGCCAGCCGUGCUUCUCUCACGAUGAACUUCUUCUCACCGCCGCAGGUAGCAAAGACGUGACUAUCAAGACGGCGAAAUGGUUGGGCCCCGCUUUGCAGCGCAUGUACGAGAAAGAAUCGACUGUUCGAGAAGCGUUUUUGUCACGACACAAACAAGUCAGCAUGAAGCCAUGCAAGGUCGAAGGCGGAUCGAAGGGUCAUUGUGAGGUUGGAUUCGAAAUCGACGACCGGGAUCUUCCAGAGGACGACUACCUUUGCAGCUACUGCAAGGGUUUCGCGUACCUGUCGAGGUAUGUCUGCAAGAAGUCUAGAAAGGUUGUAUGCUUGAAGCAUGCUGGCGUGUUCGAAUGCUGUGCCACGACUGAGGAUCAUCGCUUCUCCGGAGCAAACGGCGAUCACACACUGGUCUACCGCAUCGCGAACGAAGAUCUUCGCGGUGUCAUGGAAAAGGUACUCGAGAAGGGUACGCUUCCUGAUCUCUGGACCGCAGAGCUUGACAAGUAUCUCGCAGAAGAGCCGAAGCCGGAACUCAAGAAACUUCGCAGGCUGCUCAGUGAGGGUGAGAGGAUUCCUUGGGCGCUGCCUGGUCUUCCUGAGCUCAAGCGGUACGUCGAUCGUUGCAACGAUUGGGUGGAACGGGCAACAGCUUUCACCACCCGCAAGCAACAGCAUCGCCGCAAGAACGAACGACCCUCACGAAAAUCCACUACCAAACAAUUAAUGGAGCAAGAAGAACGGGAACGCGAGAUCCGUAAAGUCGAAACCCUAAUGAAACUUCUUGCAGAAGCGGAUGACAUCUCUUUUGAAUGCCAAGAAAUCGGCAUUCUACAAGAGCUCAUGGACAAUAUCAAGCACUUCCAGAAGCGUGCGCGCACCAUCCUUGCUGACAGAAACGUGCGUCCAACCCCGACGCAAGAGCUUGAUGAUCUGCUCGAACUUGGCCGGAACUUCAAUCUGGACAUUCCCGAGGUCGAAGAACUUGACAAGUCGUUACAACAACUCAAGUGGUAUGACGAGGUUCGCCUCUACAGAGACAGCGUCCACUCCCUUCAGAGCAUUACGGAUUUCAUCAAGCGCGGCCAGGAAAUGGGCAUCGUCGAGGGCGACGUGCAUAUGAUCUGGUUGAAGGAAGAGAAGUCCAAGGGAGAGGUGUGGGAAAAGACCGCCAAAGAAGUCAUGGCCUCGGAGAUGGUCAAUUACCAACAACUUGACGCGCUGUCGCAGCAGGCCAAGCACCUCCCGGUCUCCCUCGAGACUUUGGCCAAGGUUGAGGCCAUUUUGAAGAAGCAACGCGAUGCCCAGGAAGAGAUCAAAGCCCUUUACGAACAAAGCAAGGACCCGGAUUUCAGGAAACGGCCGUUCUACAAGGAGGUCCGUGAGGCUAUGGAGGCCCUCAAUGAGCUGAACAGCAAGCCUCCUGGCACUAUUGACCUCGAGAGAGAGCAGAAAAGGCAUGAAGACUGGAUGCGCCGUGGCAAGAAGCUCUUCGGUAAGGCCAAUGCGCCUUUGCACAUUCUGCAGCAACACAUGGACCUUGUGGAUGCACGCAACGAAGCAUGCUUUGACACUAGGGAUCAACCGCGUAUGCCGGUUGAACCUGCCUCGAGAGAACACACUCCGGUGUCAGGAGACGAGAACGGCGUUGGCUCAACGCGCGACGUCUUCUGCAUUUGCCGCAAGCCCGAGGCCGGGAUGAUGAUCGAAUGCGAGCUCUGUCACGAGUGGUAUCAUGGCAAGUGCCUGAAGAUUGCUCGUGGAAAGGUCAAGGAGGACGACAAGUACACCUGUCCCAUCUGCGACUAUCGCGUCAAGAUCCCUCGCGAUGCGACACGCCCAAGGCUGGAAGAUCUCAACAACUGGUACGACGAGAUCCAGAACCUUCCCUUCCAGCCCGAAGAGGAAAAAUGCCUCAACAACAUCAUCGAAAAGGCCGAGAAUUUCCGCAACUUCAUCUCAUCUCAAAUCAACCCGCUGGUAUCAAGUCCAGAAGAGCUUAUAUCUCAACGCUUUUAUCUUCGUAAGCUGGAGGGUGCCGACAUUCUAUUGGCACAUGAAACAAACUUUUUCCGCCAGGAGCUUCACAAGUGGGCACCAGUGGCUCCUGAGCCGCCGCCAAAGGUAGAAGUGUCUCUCUCCACGCGCAAGCCACGCCCUACCAAGCAGCAGAAGAUGAUGGCGCAGCUCGGCAUUGAGAACCCGGACGACCUUCCACAGCAUCUGCGUACGAAGCAGCAUCACUUCAAGCACAAGGACAAAGACAAGCGCGACAGCAUUAGCAAGGCUGGUGGAUCUCAGCAAGAAUCGCAUACUCCUCCGGGCCUUCCUCAUGGCUUCAGUGAGACUGCCAACGGCAUUGCUGGGCCCAGUGGCAGUGGGCAGCAGCCGACCUUCUCCUACCCGAGCCACAUGGCGAAUCUCAUGACAUCGACGUACGGCAGCACAACUUCUCCACAUCUCACGACGGCUUCGGGGACGAUAGACCCCUCAAUGUCGGCGUUCGCGCCUCACGCUCGUGGUGCGGCUUCCCCCCCUUUCCAGCCGGCGUCGCCGACGACGCCGUCCAACAUAGAUUCAGGCAUGUUCAGCAACAAUGCGCCUUUCGGAGCCGACCCUGGUGCUGCCAGCCCUGCGCGCAGCAACCUGUUCCAAACAAGCAUCAACAGUAGCCAAGGCGCUGGUGACGGUGGCGAAGGCAUGCGAGAUCUCUUCGCCGACUUCACGACGAAUGAUGCAGACGGCGACGGCAUGGGCCCGCCACCUACAAGCCAUGCCGAAGACGCGUUGAACCUGACGGUCAAGGAUGGCGACGAGAGGGAGGAGAAAGAAGACACGAGCGAGUUCCUUCACGACUAG